AUGGUGGUAUUUAUCUGUAAUAAGUGCAACGAAAGUCUUAAAAAGAAAAAUGUGGAAAAUCACUUUCACACUUGUCGUUGUGCUACGGUGUCAUGCGUAGAUUGCUCAAAGGACUUCACAAAACAGACGUACGUUGCGCACAUAUCGUGCAUCACCGAACAGGAGAAGUAUGGUAAAGUGACUGUGGAGAGCAAAACACCGAAAGGCGCUGCAAAACAAAUGGACUGGACGGCCGUGGUUCAAUCGCGUUUAGCAAAGUUUACUCCUACUCCGGGAAUUCAACUUCAGAUGAAAAAGAAGAUUCUAGAAAGCAAUAAUGUUCCACGAAAAAAAGCCAAAUUCGAGACGAAAGACGCGUCGCAAUCAUCAAUUUCUUGUGGCAUUGUAAGGCAUGGGAAACGCAAGUUAGAUGAUACUGGAGAUGAAUCUAGUAUCUGUUCACCUCUUCCCAAGAAACCAUUAGAAGACAAACCGAUCAACAAUGGCGGUGACGAACAAAACGGCAUUAAUAAUAAUAUGUCGCUUAAAGAAGUCAUGGCCUCCCAUUUAAAUGAACACAAGGGGCCAAUGAAAAUCAAGAAGUUGCGUAGAAAGACUUUCAGAACAUUCAGGCUCUCCACACAUUUUGAUGAAUCGGCCCACACGGAAGAGGCCUUGGAAAGGCUAUUUCAGAAAGCUCUUAAAAAGAAGCGUCUAUUCAGCAUUUCUGAGGAUAAUCUUCGAGUAUCAAUCACUGAUAAUUCUGUCCAGGAGGACUAG